AUGUCCACCGAAGCUACUGUCAAUGUAGUUGCACGGCGCACUUUACGACGGGCCCAUGAGCUGGCAUCUGUGGAACCGCUCAACUCGCCAGUGAGGCUGGGCCCAUUCGAUCAACUGGGCCCGCCGUUCGUUCCUAUCACCGUAGUCUACGCCUACAAACGGCCUGGCACAAGUUCUACUGAGGUCCAAGAUGCGAAUAGCAGCGAGCUCAUCUCCAUUGACCGCUUGGCACGUGCGAUGGAACUGCUUCUCGACUACUAUCAGCACCUGUCAGGGCGUCUUCAAUUCAACCCUUCUGAUGGAACGCCUGAGAUUGCCCAUUUGGAUACCGGAAUUCAACUCCUCGAAGCGCGGUGUAGCGCACGACUAGACGACUCAGUGGACGCGAGCACCGGUCGUAUCAUGAUGCCGGGCCUCCCUGGUUCCGGCACCACACUCCUACCACAAUUUGUUCCUGCAUUGGAGGCUGUUUGCCGCAACCCCAUCUUCUCCAUCCAACACACUCGGUUUGCGUGUGGCUCUGUCACGAUCGGCAUAUCUAUUCAUCACAUAGUGUGCGACGCUGAAGGCUUCUUCCAGCUGACACGCGACUUGGCUGAGCUCUAUCGUGGCCUCGGUACCGCUGAGGUGAAGGUGGGUUCAGAGGCCGGAGCCGCUGUCGCCGCGCUUGCACGUCCUCCUCACAUCCGAUCAUACCUUUCAGAGUUAUGUAAUAUGGCGCCGGAAGAGCGACAAAGCGCACUUAACUUCCAACCUUCUUUGUUUACUUUGGAUCCCAAACGUGGUGGGAGCACUGCAGGCACUGAAGCCGUAACUGCCCAUGUGAGCUCGGCAGCACCUCCUCAGCCACCAGUUGUCGGGCGUGUUCUACGCUUUUCCGGCAGCGAGUUGGCAAUGCUAAGGAAAAAUGCAACGGACCCAUACAGACGAGGUUGGGUGUCUACAUUUGACGCUCUUUCGGCACACAUCUUCCAGCAUGUGUAUCAGGCACGUCUCCGGCUACGUCGGUCCCGAGGGCUACCAUCGUCCGACACGUCAGACAUACCGCGUGGUUUUCUUACAUCUGUCAACCUUCGCAGCUCAGAGCGUCUCAAUCUCCCACCACGCUAUUUUCCCAACGCCGUCGUCACGACCUUCAAGACUCUGCACCAUGACGUGAUCGCUAAUGGACCACUGUGGCAAGUUGCAAAAAUCAUUCAUGAUCUUACCCACUCCGUAGCACCAAAAGAAGUGGAUCAGACCCUCCACUGGAUCGCAGCGCAACCAGACAAGCGUCAAAUUAAGCCUGCUAUCCUGGACGGGCUCGGAAGCUUCAUCGUUACUCAGUGGUGCAAGUUCGACAUGUAUGCCGGCGCAGACUUUGAUGUCGAUACCCUCGGCAUACCAAUUCCGCCAGCUUUAGUAUCGCCACCGUUCACGCAAAUCUCGCUCUUGGAUGGGCUGGCUUUCUUUUUGGCGACCGAGGAGCAACUACUGCAGCGAGUGGCUACAACUGACAUGAAGCUACCGUCGGCGCGCCAUAAUCCCUCCGCCAUUGAUGUUAACUUAACAAUCAGCGAGCCGGUCUGGCAGUUUUUUGACCAUUCUGUAGCAUAG